AUGGCUUACAACAACAACAAAAAUCGUAACAACAACCACAAAGCGGGAAAAAACCCAAACUUUAGAAACAAAUCCCAUUCCAAAAAUUUUAAACCAAAAUUUAACCCAAGAUUCAAACAAUUUAAAAAAGAAACUGCAGUUGAGAUCCAAGUAAAGUUGAAUCGUCAAAAUCCUGACACUGCGAUCCAACGCGCAAUGGUUAUGGAUGGUUCCGACAAAUCCAUUAUUGUUGCUGUCAAACGUCAAAUGAUGAAUCGUUUAAUCCAAACCAAGAAUGACAUGGCGGCUUCAAAGUUCAAAACCCUGAUGAUUUUUGCGAUUGCAAGACCACACCUUGCUGGUAUGGCAGCUGAAUGGCUUCAAGAAUUUGAAAACGACCAAAUUGAAAAGGAAAACCCUAUUAACGGAGAACGCCGUUCAAAUAGUACUACUUUAACAAUUCAGGAAUUUAUCCAUCAAUUUGAUACUCGUUUCUUGCCAAAGAACAACGACAUGGUUAUUCAAGCCAACUUAAGCAAAUUAACUCAUACUGGUACUUACGACCAGUUUAGAAAUGCCUUCUUUAAAUUGUACGAUCGUAUGAUUGAAAAGAAGGAUCCCGCAAUUGAUAGUAACGCCUUAGACUUGUUUAAAUCCAAGGUUAGACCAAUAUUCCUUUCAGAACUCGCAGCCAUCCACUCAAUUUCGGAAUUACGGUAUUUCCGUCCAUCAGAUGGUCUGUUAGCUGGUGACGAGGCGUUACAAAAAGCAAUCAACUCUACCAACUCAUCAGGUCAUCAAUCCCAACCUAAGAAAGUCAACAACUCAAACAAUCAACAAUGGGAUGAUAAGAAAGUGUGCCUCCGUCAUGGUCCCUGUAACCACACCACCAAUGAGUGUUCUGCAAUUGCUAACUUCAUUGACGCGGAUAAAAAGAAAUCCAGUAAGCAGUUCAAUAAGUCGGAGUCAAAAAACUAG